AUGGUCUCAAUCUCAACGGGUCCAAGUAUUCACUGCAACAACUCGGACACCACGACGACAACCACCACGAUGCCCAGCCAACUGCUUUCACAGAACAGCAUCGAUGAUAUUAAUGUUUCCAUGGAUUCAAUGUCUAACGUUAAAUUACACCAACACAGAACUUUUCGACGACAGUUAAUUCAUACUUCGCACGAUCAAAGACAGCAGCAGCAGCGCCAUCACAUUCAUUCUGAAUGUGUCAACGGAACUAUGAUGAUGCAACCUUCCGUCACCAACCAUCGCCACCUCGUUUCCUCAUUGCCACGAAGAAAGUCCUCCGUAUUGGAUAUCUCUAGUCUACUCUGUGAAUUGCCAGAGUCCUCGCAGGAAGACGGCUCAUACAGCAGUUUGGAUGAUGUGUCCACCACCGCGAGUCAACCGGGUGACACCGAAUCGUUGGGUUCGCCGAGCUCAUUUCAUAGGGGUAGAGAAGACUCUUCGACGCCCGCGACCUCUCCUCCGCUCUCUCCGAACAACGGUAACCGUGGUAGCAACAGCGAAAAUAUCAAUAACAACAGCAGCAGAAAUAGUAUCAACAUACCCGCCGCCACCUCUGCCCGUCUGGCCAUCAAUCAUGACUUGGAGAGACAGAACGCUAGUGAAUCAUCUUGGAAAAAAGUUCGUCAAAAUCAUGAUCAUUCCUCUGUCAGGCCAGUAAUAUUACCCCCGAUCAGGAGUUUCACUUCCCUGCCGGACUUGAGAUCCGAGUUGUCCAAUAAUGACCACGGGAAUCUGGAUUCUCGAAAGUCUUCGCUUGAACAGUUCGCCGCAAUUUCCGAGGUUUACCGCUCCAGCUCCCCAAGCGUCUCUCACGCGGAGAUCACUUCGCGUCUUCAACAACAGUCGACCUCGCCGCCUCAUCCCCAUCCACAUGAAUCUUCGAGUGUCACGCAUCCCCCGGGUUCUCCGUUGACCUCGGUUCAAUUUCAACAUCAACAUCCCUUGGUACGUAGAUCCUCAUUCGACGUGACCCAGACACGCUACACUCCGUACACGCCCUCGACCCUAAAUCCCUACCCCCAGCGUGUGCUGCCCCUCGAUCAAAGGCGUCAUUCGGAUCUGUCGGGAUUCGGUGCUCCCUGUAAUUCCGGUCAGGCAAUCUCUGAUCACGCGUAUAAUGCUGGGAAUGGUUCUUCCCUCGAUCAUAUUCGCCCUUCUACCACGGCUAUCCCAGUCCGAAUUCCGUUUCCCACUCUCCGAGCGGCAUGA